CCGGGUGACGCCUUCUGGUCCGGGGGCGGGCGGUCAAAGCGCUCCUUGACUGAAAGGAGGGGGAACUGGCAACCGGGAGGAGGCUCUAGCAAGGCCUGGAAGGCUGCGCAGUCAGACAGUAGAGGGAAUUUGGGGGUGGAGGGUGGCCGAGUAGCGCUUGUGACAUGCUACUGGGGUCGUGACCGCUCUGGGACCGAGGCAGGACCUGGCCAGAUCCAGCCUGGAGGCCUCGCCUUCAUCGGGCCUAAUCUUCAGCGAUCGGGUAGGCCUUGGCAGAGGCUCCUUUUCGUGCGGCCACCUCAGGUUCCUGCCCUGAUUUUCUGUCCGAGACCGAGAGAUGGCCUCCCGGAGCCCCCCGCCGGAGCCCAAGGGGUUGCUGACAUUUGAGGAUGUGGCUGUGUUUUUUACCCAGGAGGAGUGGGAUUAUCUGGAACCAGCUCAGAGAAGCCUGUAUAAAGAUGUCAUGAUGGAGAAUUAUGGAAACCUGGUCUCACUAGAUGUUUUGAACAGAGAUAAGGAUGAGGAGCCAACUGUGAAACAAGAAAUUGAGGAGAUUGAGGAAGAAGUGGAACCACAGGGUGUAAUAGUUACAAGAAUCAAAAGUGAAAUUGACCAGGAUCCUAUGGGUAGAGAAACCUUUGAACUUGUUGGGAGGUUAGAUAAACAGAGAGGAAUCUUCUUAUGGGAAAUACCAAGGGAAUCCUUGACCCAGGAACAGAGAAUGUUCAGAGGAAACACUAAUAUUAUCCGUAAGAGACCAAACUCAGAAGAGAAAUGUCAUAAAUGCGAAGAAUGUGGAAAGGGUUUUGUCCGCAAGGCCCAUUUCAUUCAACAUCAAAGGGUCCAUACUGGUGAGAAACCUUUUCAAUGUAAUGAAUGUGGGAAAAGUUUUAGUCGCAGUUCAUUUGUUAUUGAACAUCAGAGAAUUCACACUGGGGAAAGGCCCUAUGAGUGUAAUUACUGUGGAAAAACCUUUAGUGUGAGCUCAACUCUUAUUAGACAUCAGAGAAUCCACACUGGAGAGAGACCCUAUCAGUGUAAUCAGUGUAAACAGAGCUUCAGCCAGAGAAGGAGCCUUGUUAAACAUCAAAGAAUUCACACAGGUGAGAAACCCCAUAAAUGUAGUGACUGUGGGAAGGCCUUCAGUUGGAAGUCACACCUGAUUGAACAUCAGAGAACUCACACUGGUGAGAAACCCUAUCACUGUACCAAAUGUAAGAAAAGCUUUAGUCGAAAUUCAUUACUUGUUGAACAUCAGAGAAUUCACACUGGGGAAAGACCUCAUAAAUGUGGUGAAUGUGGGAAAGCCUUUAGAUUAAGCACAUACCUUAUACAACACCAAAAAAUUCACACUGGUGAGAAGCCUUUUCUUUGUAUUGAAUGUGGAAAAAGCUUCAGUCGGAGCUCAUUCCUUAUUGAACAUCAGAGGAUCCAUACAGGUGAAAGACCUUAUCAGUGCAAAGAGUGUGGGAAAAGCUUCAGUCAGCUUUGCAACCUUACUCGGCAUCAGAGAAUUCACACAGGAGACAAACCCCAUAAAUGUGAGGAAUGUGGAAAAGCCUUUAGUAGAAGCUCAGGUCUUAUUCAGCAUCAGAGAAUCCACACCAGAGAGAAGACUUACUCAUACAACGAAACUAAGGAAAGUUUUGAUCCAAAUUGCAGUCUUGUUAUACAGCAGGAAGUCUACCCUAAGGAAAAAUCUUACAAAUGUGAUGAAUGUGGGAAAACUUUUAGUGUCAGUGCUCAUCUCGUACAACAUCAAAGAAUCCACACUGGUGAAAAGCCCUACCUAUGUACUGUGUGUGGGAAAAGCUUCAGUCGGAGCUCAUUCCUUAUUGAACACCAGAGAAUCCACACUGGUGAGAGGCCCUAUCUAUGCAGACAGUGUGGCAAAAGUUUUAGUCAACUUUGUAAUCUUAUUCGACAUCAAGGUGUUCACACAGGUAAUAAACCCCAUAAAUGUGAUGAAUGUGGGAAGGCCUUUAGUCGGAACUCAGGCCUUAUCCAGCAUCAGAGAAUACACACAGGAGAAAAACCUUAUAAGUGUGAGAAGUGCGACAAAAGUUUUAGUCAACAGCGCAGCCUUGUCAACCAUCAGAAGAUCCACACAGAAGUGAAAAGCCAAGAGACCCAUGAAUGUGAUGCUUGUGGUGAAGCCUUCAAUUGCCGCAUAUCUCUUACUCAGCAUCAAAAACUGCACACUACAUGGAUGCAGUAAAUGUAGAGAAAUACUUAAGCUCAGUUUGACUUGAGCCAAGCUACCCAAGUGCAGUUUCGGUAUGGCUCACCAUGAGUCAGAUUAGUGAUAAAGCAGAUUCUCUUCGGCCUCAGGCAAAUGGUUUCUAUAGAUUCUGUGAAUAAUGGACAACUGCCCAAGGGCAAUUGGAAAUUUUCAUUACUCUUUGUUUUGAAAGAAACAGAGAAAGACUCAAUAAUUUAAACAUCUUUCUUUAACAAAUUUUUCAGCAGAAAGGUUAAACCCAGGUUCAGAGCACUUAGUUAUAAUCAGUAAAGGGAGAAGAACAAAGUUACAUUGUUGUAGGGGAGCUGGAAGCAGCUGAUGUUAGAAAAUUAGAGUAAUUAUUGAGACCAUAAUAUAGUGGUUCCUUUUUUUUUUUUUUUUUUUUUGAAACUGGUGUCCAAAGUUCUGUCAUUGUUAAGAAAGCCAGUUGUUUGGCAUGUGAGCUAAAGGCAGUUUUAAUGCCAUGUGAUUCCCAAAUCUAUGAAAUGAGUGGACCAUUAACUUUACAUGUAAACAUAAAGAUUAUGUGAGUAAUUAACAAACCUAGCGAAGGUGUUACCAAGGAACCUUUGGGAGUGCCUUUUUUUCAAGAUGGGCCCAAAAAGGUGGAGGAAGACACUGUUCUUUUUGUGCCCUCCCAUCUGUGAAAGAUAUUUGUGGUCCUAGACAGAUAAUCUUAUUCCUCCACUACUAGUAGCAUGUGAAAGUGUAAAUAUUUUAAUUACCACGAGUUGGAAAUAAAAAGACCUGGAGUCUAUGCUAGGAAGCUGAGAUAUUUUGAUAUUGCUUUGGUUUUUUAUGGUAACUAGACUUUGCAUGCCAUUUUAAAAUCCUUAUUUCUGGUUGUAGCGCUCCCCUUAGGUUAUUAUAAACCUAUUAAUUCAUCUGUUCUAAUCAUUAAACCUGUUUUGUUUUUU